UUCAGCCCCUGCCUCCCAUCCAAGCGACUGACAGAGGAAAACAAUUUUUUGGGACGAAAAAAAAAAGAAAGAACGCAAAACGCGAAGGCGAAGGCGAAGGCUUCAAAAAGCCAAAGCCUCCUCCUCUCCCUUCCAGUCCAGACAGCCACAGCGGCGUGCGUGUAUGUGUGUGCGCCUCUGCGGGGCACCAAACACCAACCUCCCCCUCUCCCCGCCGCCUCCUCUUCGCCGCCGCCGCCGCCGCACGGUCUCCACCCCCAAGAUUAGUAUGUGGUAGGAAGUGCAUGGGGAGAAAGGAUGCCAGAGUUGCGUAGUGGAGUUCGACAAUCUCGGUUGAAGUCGAGGAAGGCUGAGGAUCCCGACGUACAGGACCCGGCAGAGAACUUGGCAGUGACAGCGCCUACGGUGGCAGGAAGACGCGGAAGAGGAAGGGGUGGGAGAGGUGGAGGCCGAGGAUCAGGGAGGGGAAGGGCAGGAGGAAGAGGGAGAGGUGUUCCUGUGAUUGACUUGGAUCCAGACCAGCCUUUUGGUGUUCUUCCUGGAGCUGCUGUUGGUGGAGGUGCUGUGGGUGGUCCACAGCGCAUCGAGGAAUUUGCUGAUAAGGUUGUGAAGAUGGAUGGCGUGAGUCCUGAGAAGAUCGGUGGUGGUGAAGAUGAUGCAUCUCCAGUCCCAGAGAAGGUUCAAGUAGGCCAUUCUCCACAGUAUAAGGUAGAGCGGAAAUUGGGCAAGGGUGGUUUUGGGCAGGUUUAUGUUGGCAGAAGAGUUUCUGGUGGAACGGAGCGAACUGGACCAGAUGCUUAUGAGGUUGCUUUGAAAUUUGAGCACCGCAACAGUAAGGGGUGCAAUUAUGGCCCUCCAUAUGAGUGGCAAGUUUAUAGCUCUCUGAACGGAUGUUAUGGUAUACCGUGGGUUCACUACAAAGGCCGUCAAGGGGACUAUUAUGUGCUGGUAAUGGAUAUACUAGGCCCUAGCCUUUGGGAUGUUUGGAAUUCUUUAGGGCAAACAAUGACUAUAAGUAUGGUUGCUUGCAUCGCUGUAGAGGCUAUAUCUAUCCUUGAGAAACUUCAUGCAAAGGGGUUUGUUCAUGGAGAUGUUAAGCCAGAGAAUUUUCUACUUGGCCAACCUGGAUCACCUGAUGAGAAGAAGCUUUUUCUGAUUGACCUUGGGUUGGCAUCGAAAUGGAAGGAAACAUCGUCUGGGCAACAUGUUGACUACGAUCAGAGGCCUGAUAUUUUUAGGGGCACAAUAAGAUAUGCUAGUGUGCAUGCCCAUUUGGGCCGCACUGGUAGCAGAAGGGAUGAUCUGGAAUCACUAGCAUACACAUUGAUAUUUCUACUCAGAGGAAGGUUACCUUGGCAGGGCUAUCAGGGGGACAACAAGAGCUUUCUUGUUUGCAAGAAGAAAAUGUCUAUCUCUCCAGAUCUGAUGUGCUGUUACUGCGCACCUCCUUUUAAACUUUUUCUGGAAACCGUGACAAACAUGAAAUUCGAUGAAGAACCAAACUACCCGAAGCUUAUUUCCCUCUUUGAUGAAUUGAUUGAGCCCCAGCAUUUGAGGCCUAUUAGAAUUGAUGGUGCUCUAAAGGCUGGACAAAAACGAGGAAGAGUAAGUCAUGAAGAAGAUGAACAACCGAGGAAGAAAGUUCGACUGGGAAGCCCCGCAAAUCAGUGGAUUUCAGUAUAUAAUGCUAAGAGGCCCAUGAAACAGAGGUAUCAUUACAAUGUAGCAGAAGCCCGACUUCAUCAACACAUAGAGAAAGGGAAUGAAGAUGGAUUGUUUAUUAGUUCGGUAGCAUCUUCAGCAAAUCUCUGGGCCCUUAUUAUGGAUGCUGGAACCGGGUUCACAUCCCAAGUUUACGAACUUUCACCAAUAUUCCUUCAUAAGGACUGGAUUAUGGAGCAGUGGGAAAAUAACUACUACAUCAGUGCCAUAGCAGGAGCAACAAACGGAAGUUCCUUGGUUGUCAUGUCAAAAGGAACCCCUUACACUCAACAGUCUUACAAAGUCAGUGAAUCGUUCCCCUUCAAGUGGAUCAACAAGAAAUGGAAAGAAGGAUUUCAUGUUACAUCAAUGACUACAGCAGGGACCCGCUGGGGUGUAGUUAUGUCAAGGAACUCUGGAUAUUCUGAACAGGUAGUAGAAUUGGAUUUUCUUUAUCCCAGUGAAGGGAUCCACCGACGAUGGGAGAAUGGAUAUAGAAUAACUUCUACAGCAGCCACUGGUGAUCAAGCUGCUUUUAUAUUGAGCAUUCCCAAAAGAAAAUUGAUGGACGAGACACAAGAAACUCUCAGAACAUCGGCUUUCCCAAGCAACCAUGUGAAGGAGAAAUGGGCCAAGAAUCUUUACAUUGCCUCUAUAUGCUAUGGGCGGACGGUGUCGUGAGACUUGCAUCCACACCAACUCAGUGAGGGCUGAGCAUAUUAAAACGUGUUGACGUCGGAAAACCCAGCCAAUUUAGCUGCUGCUGUGUUACUCUGUAUGUGUAGGUAAAUUGCGUAGAUGAACCUUACAUCAUGGCCAGAGUAGGGGCACUCCAGAAGAACUGGGAUGAAUGUGGACCACAGCUAGCCAAUAAGCAGAUGGAAGAGGAUGCGUGAUCCGGCUGGUGUUGCUUCGGUCCAGCUGCUGCUUUACAGAGUAUGAAUGACGCCGUUCGCCUCUUUGGAGGCCUAUAACCUGUGAGAGCCCGUUGUGUAUAUAGCUCCUAUCAUGUCCUUCAUUUUGUAAGUGGAAACAAGUUCCAUAUUCCCAGAUAGACCGGAAGUGUCUAAGUUAUUAUGUGAGGUGAACUAAUGAACUCAGCGUAUCAAUUCCAUUUUUUCGUGAGCUCA